UACGUGAGCUUCCCAUCCCAAAACUCUCUCUUUAUUCAUUUUCUUAUGAGACAAUAGCUCUCUUUGCACUGUGGUUUUUUGAUCUAGACAACAAUGGGUUUUGCAGCUAAGAGCUAUUGCUCACUUCUUUGCAUGUCGGUUCUUUUGACCACAAUCUGUUACUCCCAGGAUGGUUAUGUGUCCUCUAGAGCAACCUAUUAUGGCAGUCCUGAUUGCUUAGGAACUCCAAGUGGGGCUUGCGGGUAUGGUGAAUUUGGACGAAGAGUAAAUGAUGCUAACGUGGCAGGGGUUUCCAGGCUAUAUAGGAAUGGAUCUGGCUGUGGUGCAUGCUAUCAGGUUAGAUGCAAGAUACCCAAACUUUGCUGUGAUGAUGGAGUGAAGGUAGUGGCCACAGAUUAUGGCGAAGGAGAUAAGACAGACUUCAUCCUCAGCACUCGUGCCUAUGCAAGAUUGGCUGUUCCAAACGCAGCCUUGGAGUUGUUUUCUUAUGGUGUCGUUGACAUUGAAUACCAAAGAAUUCCAUGCCAGUACCCAGGUUACAACCUCAAGGUCAAGGUUCACGAGAACAGCAAGUUCUCGGUGUACCUGGCUGUGGUUGUAUUGUACCAAGCUGGCAUAUAUGAUAUCACUGCUGUGGAUGUGUGGCAGGCGGAUUGCCAACAAUGGAGGUGCAUGAGGAGGGCCUUCGGUACAGUAUGGGACCUGUCCGACCCACCAUCAGGUCCACUUACAUUCAGGGCCCAAGUGAGUGGCAGCGGAGGCACAAAAUGGGUGCAGAUGACUAAUGUUGUUCCUAGUGAAUGGAAGGCUGGGGUUGUGUAUGACACAGCCAUUCAGCUAUCUUAAACAAACCCCUACUCUGCAAACUCCCUAUCCUUAUAUAUAGAAUAAUUAUCAAAAUGUUGUAGACAAGCUGCUAGUUGCAUAUUAGGUAUUAAUUCCUAGUAGUUUGUGUGUUUGGUCUCUAGACUAGAGCUAGUAUUCUGCAGCUUUCUCAACAAUGGGUUGGUUUGUACUAUGUUGAAGGAUAAAAGUUUGCUUAUCAAAUCUCUAAAUCAAUGGUUGUAUGA